GCAACACUGCUUUUACUAUUUUUUUUUGUUUAGCGUUUCGGUGCUUGUGUCAAAAUAAAAGUGAAGAAUUCGUAAAUUUACAGCAAUUUUAGUUUACAUAUUUGAUUGGAAUACAAAUUUAUUUGAACAUGGUUGAGCGCAUUGAAGAUUUAAAUUUACCAAACGCCGUUGUGGGACGCUUAAUCAAAGACGCCUUGCCCGAAGGCGCGAAUGUAAGCAAGGAAGCGCGUGCGGCCAUAGCACGGGCGGCUUCCGUCUUUGUGAUCUUUCUGACAUCCUCAUCAACAACGUUGGCGCGAAAACAGAAUCACAAAACUAUAACAGCUGCGAAUAUAUUGGACGCUUUAAAACAAUUGGAGUUUGAAAGCUUCGUGGAACCAUUGUCAACCGAUUUGGAGACUUACCGAAAAGCCGUCAAGGACAAAAAGGAUAAAGCAAAAUCAACCAGCGCAACAGCUGCCGCCAACAAUAGUAACGCAAACGAGGAAGAAAUGGAAACUGAUAAGACGUCGUAGGUGUUAAAAAUCACACAUAUGUUAUUUUUAAUUGUAUUUGUUUUUUUGUCGAAAUAAAUAUACGAACAUAUUUCACAUAUUA